AUGGAGCAUCCAAGCGGCGCGAGCGCGAGCGUGAGCGCGACGCUGCAGGGGAGUACGAUCUUCCUGCGCACCGCGAGCCCGACGUCUCUCCGACCCACAACCCAACGCACAGCCACGCGCCGGUCCAACCGCCCACUCACUCUCCCUAUCCAAACCGCGAGCGACGGCGCGGCCGUGAGCGGGUCCGAAGGCAGCUCGGACGGAGACGCGUCCUUUCAGGAGAACGAGAGCGACGACGAGCUGCUGAUCCCGCGCUACGGACCCUCCACGACGCGUUCGCGAUCGCAUUCACGCCGACAGGCAGCAGCGAAAGAGAAGAAAGCGGCGAAGAGCUCGGCGGGAGCCGGUGGAAGCGGAGGCGCCCGGCCGCUCGCGCGGUCCGUGUCGCAAGGGAAACGUUUUUUCUUUGAGGACGAGUCGAGCUGCUCGUCGAAAACGACGCGGCUUGGUAGCAGUGAUCGGGGUUUGUCACGCGAAGAAGAGUCGUCUGGGCGUGUGCCGACGCGCGGUCCUGCAGGCUCCAGUUCCGACGGGUCGCCGCACGAUCCCAACCAUUCGCACACGUGCAAUUGCCGGAAGUCGCGGUGUCUGAAGCUGUACUGCGAGUGUUUCGCGUCCGACGUGUUCUGCAAUGGCUGUAACUGUGUCAACUGUAAAAAUAACCCCGAACAUUUGAAAGAACGCGAGGAAGUGAAGCAGGCGCUGAUCCAGCGCGAUCCGCACGUGUUCGAGCCGCACGUGGUGUGGGACACGCCCGCGACGCGGACGAAUUUGCGCGGCUGCAGGUGUCAGAAGACGCGAUGUGUGAAGAAGUAUUGCGACUGCUUCCAGAACGGGAUUUGCUGCGGUCCGAACUGUCGGUGUGUGGACUGCAAAAACACGGAGGAAGCGGCAUUGAAUCGUGCGCUCAGCGCGUAG